AAGCCGAUUGGACGUCCGGUGUUCAUUCAGCUUAGACAACCGGAAGUAGUCUCAGCAGGGAGAGAAGGCUAAUUAAUAGUUCCGUGUAUUUCAGCCUAGUAUUACCCCUGGAGUUGGUUUAAAUGUUAUAUGAGUCUCGUAAAUGUAUUUGUGGAGCUUCUGUGUCAACUUGAGCCCGCCCUGGGAUGUCAGGGGAGGACGCUGAACUCACUGGUGGAUGUAGACAUCACACAGCAUUCGUUAUCAUCCUGACCUAAGCUUACGAAUGUCCCUGACGCUGACAGCCAUGAGCGACAGCAAAGUGACCAGCGGCCAGCAGCAGUGGUCGGGGUCCGGCCAGACGCCACGGCCGGCCCGGGGCCCCUACAUCUCCGUCAUCACCAACAGGACCACCAACCUGCUGAUCCGCGGGGCCAUGCUGUUCUCUGUGGGCGUCUUCUUGGCUCUGGUGCUGAAUUUACUGCAGGUGCAGAGAAACGUCACCCUGUUUCCUCCUGAUGUCAUCAGCAGUAUCUUCUCCUCAGCUUGGUGGGUGCCGCCCUGCUGUGGCACGGCUUCAGCGAUGAUCGGCCUGUUGUACCCGUGCAUCGACAGCCGACUGGGCGAGCCACACAAGUUCAAGCGGGAGUGGUCCAGUGUGAUGCGCUGUGUGGCGGUGUUUGUUGGCAUCAACCACGCCAGUGCUAAAGUGGACUUUGCCAACAACGUCCAGCUGUCUCUGACGCUGGCGGCGCUCUCCAUCGGACUGUGGUGGACGUUCGACCGCUCCCGCAGCGGCUUCGGCCUCGGAGUCAGCAUCGCCCUGCUGGCUACGCUGGCCACACAGCUCCUGGUUUACAACGGAGUCUUUCAGUACACGUCUCCAGACUUCCUGUAUAUCCGCUCCUGGUUACCUUGCAUCUUCUUUGCGGGGGUGAUAACUAUGGGGAACAUCGGACGGCAGCUAGCCUUGUAUGAAUACAAAUUCAUCCAGGAGAAGAGCCAUCAGGACUGAGGAUGUCUGCUCGGAGAGACUUUACACCUGCAGCCGGAGGCAGCGUAGACCAGGCCUGGCUGACCCUGGAGGAACCAGACGAGCUCCUGAUUGGCCGCCUGCUGCUGGACUAACAGUAUUUCUGAUUGGCUCUCGCUCUGGCCGCCGAGCUGACGUGAACACUGAGAGCAGAGUUUGUUGUGUUUUUUCUCUUCGGUGCAGUUUAUCUCUCCUCACCUGGAUGGGAUUAGCGGCGGAGCGUCUAUCGUUCUUCAGAUCAGCUCGACGUUUGAAACCUUUGGCUCCUUUGUGCCAAACGCAGUCACACGGAGGAUCAGUUUAAAGGCUGCUCUUAUCGGCCGACUCUUCCACGGAUCAGUGGAGAACACACAGCCCGGUUCACUUCUGUCUGCAGAGAUAUGCAUCUAUAUACCAGACCUUCUUAUUCUACGUCAUUAGCUUAUAUCUACAUUUACAUUUCUUUGAUAAAGGACGAUGAUGGUGUUCAGUGUUCACCUGCUGUGGGAUUUUGUACCAGACAUGCACAGUAUCAUCAAAGAUCCAAAGAUUGAAAAUAAGAGAUUUGCAAGGCUGCGUUCAGAACAAAUCAGGUGUUGAGGAGCGUGGUGCAGGGUAAUAUCAAAACCAUAUCCCUUCAUUUGUUCAUAUGCAGAUUCAAAACAUUCCAUGAAAAUUAAACAACAUCAGUGACCUCUGAUGUGAUCAUCCAGGUCCCACAGAACCGCUGUGAUCAUUGUCAAGCUGUUUAACUGCAGCAGCUUCUUCAAUAUUUUAAUACAAGUCAAAAUAUCUGCUCGUGAAACAAAAACUCUGUGGCAACUUAACACACAUGGUAGAAUUGUAAUCAGUACCGUUGAGCAGCUGGUCUGUGAUUGGCCACUGCAGAGUGACGUCAGGUUGCUUUUACAAAAAUGGAUUCUGUCGAGACUUUUCAUGGUCUUUCUGAACCGUCACCAUGUAGAACCAGCGCCUGCUCUCAGAACGAGUGUCGCCUGAUGGGGUCUGAACGCAGCCUCCACACUGUCUGUAUGAUGUCAGUGAAUGUUACAUUUUGAAUUUACACCAGCUUUGGAAGUGAGUUUCAUCCAUUUAUGGACACUUAAUGAGUUUUAAGACAGUUUUUAAAGAACUCCCUUAUUAUAGAAGUUUUACAGACUUUGUUCACCCGAGGGAGGAACUUCUGUUUGACUGCAGCCUUUUUACUUUCCUGGAACAAAAACAGGUGUAAAGCUGCGUUUGUUCCCUCAAGAACAGCAGGAAUGCCAAAUUACCCCACUGAUUGUCUUCAUAGUGCUGAACUAAAGCUUGAUGGUUAUCCUUCAUGAAUACUGAACAUAUAUAUCAGAGUAGAUAACAGUAGAAGUAGAAUUAAAUAAUCUAUCGUCUUAGCUUUAUAUUUCCAUUAUAACACACAUGCUAAUCUUUUGUUAGACACUUUCUGUGUUCAUCAAGGAUAAAUCUGGUGUUCAGAGUGCGAGCAGCUGAUUGGACCUGCACACGUUCCUCGUUUCUUCUGUUUCACUGUUAGAACCAGCCGACAGUGUUGAGCAGUGUUGUUCUGUUACAAACCGUCUGUUUGACGAGCGGAUCAUUUAAAGGGAUUUUUAUAACAAUCUGUGAUGAAACAAGAUGGUUUAUAAAAUUAUUAGAGUUGCAGGACUUUUAAAAACAGUGUUUUUGUAAUAUUCUUCAUUGUAGAUUAGAGAAACAUGAUGGAGACACGUUUUUAACUUGUUCUGUGGUUCCACAGGAUUCAUAGUUCCACUCUGUGAAGAAACUUCUGAUUACUGAUCAUGUUCCUUGUUUUGGUGUAAUAAAGACGACGGCCUUUUGCUAAC